AUGUGCUCCCUCACCCGUGGGCUGGCGCUGCUGGGCGUGCUGCUGUGGGCACCGUGGUGGGCACUGCACGGGGCACCAUUGCCCGAGCUCUCCGGGGACCAGGACUUCCAGCUCUUCCUGCAGAGGAACCUCGAGUUCACCCGCAAGGUCCGCGGGGAUGUGGCCGCGCUGCAGCGCAUGGUGUGUGACACCUUCCAGCUGUGCAAGGAGGAAGAGCUGCUGCUGGUGCGGCAGGACCUGGACAUCGUGCAGGUGCCGCUGGAGCAGUGCCACAGCCGCUCCUUCCAGGCGGAGACCUGCUUCAACCAGAUCCGCGCCGGGCUCCGCGUCUACCAAGGCUCCCUGGCUGCUGUGAGGGACCUGCUGCCCGGCCAUGCCGGGCUGGUGGAGACCCUGCAGCUGGACAUGGCCAACCUGUCCUCCAACAUCCAGCAGCAGAUGGAGGACCUGGGCCUGGCCACAGUGACGUACCCCACGGAGAACCCGGACCCCCUGCCCACCUUCUCCUCCCACUUCCACCACCAAGUCGGUGGUUUCUUCAUCCUGGCCAACUUCCAGCGGUUCCUGGAGACGGCGUACCGGGCUCUGCGGCACCUCGCCCGCCUCUGA